GUUGUAUGAGACAGAGGCUCCCCGUUCAGAUUCAAGAUUCAUCUUAACUUCCUUCACGUCUUCAGAUUCAUUCAGACUUCAUUUCAAUUCCAUUCGAUUCUGAUCUCGAAACGAUCAAUCAAUCAAGCAUAAAAAAAAAAAUAUGAGCAAUCUGAGAACGAUUUGUAGACCUCACGCGGUGUUCUCGUCGAUCGCGUGCUGUUGCAGGGACCGAGCUCGGUCUCGAUCGAGAUCUGUCGUUAGGGUUUCGAUUCGGAACCCUAAUUCCAAGCCUCGUCUUUCUUCGCCCUCUGUGCUUUCUUCUUGGUUCGAUUCCUCUGACGUGCCCAAAUAUGAGCCCUGGGUGAGAUUGAAUCAGAGGAAGACGAUGGUUAGGGCGUCGAAAUGGACCGAAGCGAAAUCUCCCUACGAAACUCUCGAGUUGGAAAGGGAUGCUGAUGAAGAGAACAUAAAGUUAGCUUAUAGACGUUUGGCCAAGUUCUACCAUCCAGAUGUAUAUGAUGGUAAGGGGACCCUUGAGGAAGGGGAAACAGCCGAAGCUCGAUUCAUCAAGAUUCAAGCUGCUUAUGAACUGCUCAUGGAUGUGGAGAAGCGAAGGCAAUAUGAUAUUGAUAAUCGAGUCAACCCCAUGAAGGCAUCUCAAGCAUGGAUGGAGUGGCUUAUGAAAAAGCGCAAAGCUUUUGACCAGCGGGGUGAUAUGGCUGUUGCAGCUUGGGCUGAGCAGCAGCAGCGUGAGAUGAAUCUCCGCGUGCGCCGUCUUUCUCGUUCAAAGGUGUUGAAUUAUUCUCAAUAUUCCUACAAUGAUUCGGAUAUUGCUCUUCAACUCCAUAAUGAUCUAUGGAAAGUCCAUUACCUAAUAUAAUCCAACUCAUCGUGCAUAAUUAUUUUCCAGAAUUUGUAUAUACUGAAAUUAUGACAUAAUAGAUUGGGAAGCAUUACAUUUGGAUC